CCUCCCCUCCCCCCCCUCUCUCUCUCUCUCUCUCUCUCUCUCUCUGCCUCUGUUUCUCUGUGUAAAUGUCACGGAGGAGAGAGACUGCGUCAAGUCAUUCAGCUCCACAGCAGGGCUACUUUGCCUAGCUGAUCUUCCUCUCUCUGUCUCUCUCUCUCUCUCUGACGCCCCUUCCCCUCACGAAUCCCUCUACAGUCUCUGUGCAGAAAGCACCCACCCACCCACUGUUCUUCCUCAAAACAACAGAGCAACAAGACAAAUGCACACUUCAGCCUCCUUCUUAAGGCAGCUGAGCGGCAAGGAACCCCCCACCAAAUCGACCUCCAAGAGGUGGUCCGUCGUCGGCGGCAGCAAACGCUUCAGCUCCUCCAGCACCAACAACCUCCCCUGCGGCUGCGACCAGAGCCUCACCCACAUGGAGGGAUUCACCCAGUGCGGGCUUUCCUCUUCCCCCAUGGUGAGGAAGAGGGUCAUGGUGAUGGUGGACGACACCUCUCGGUCCAAGCACGCCAUGAUCUGGGCGCUCACCCACGUCGCUAACAAGGGCGAUCUGCUCACUCUGCUCCACGUGAUCCCUCCAGGCACCGACUCCUCCUCCUUCUCCUCCUCGCCUUAUUUGGCCAACUCCCUCGGCUCCCUCUGCAAGGCCUCCAAGCCCGAGGUGGAAGUGGAAGCACUGGUGAUUCAAGGUCCAAAACUGGCCACGGUGAUGAGCCAAGUGAAGAAACUGGAGGUAUCCCUGCUGGUUCUGGGUCAAAAGAAGCCCUCUUCUCUCAUCAACUGCCUUUGCGGGACGAGCGGCUCAGAUGAGUUUGUGGAGCAAUGCAUCAACGGUGCAGAUUGCCUGACCAUAGGAGUGAGGAAGCAGAGGAGGGGGAUGGGUGGGUAUUUGAUCAGCACCAGAUGGCAGAAAAACUUCUGGCUCUUAGCUUAAUUAAUAAUUAAUUAAUUUCACUGCUAUAUGCGUAAAUUAAUUAAAUAAUUAAUUUCUAGUUAGUCCGUAACUUUGCUUUAAUUAGACUACGUACUGCAUAAUUACUAGAUGUUGACUUUAGAUGUGUGAGAUCUUGUUAUAUGUAAUACUUAGAUUCUAAGUUCUAAUUAAAGCUUAGACCCUUAUGUGUCUAGUCUGUAUUCACUAAACAGAAGUUCUUUGUAUAUUUCUCAUCAAUUUCUUUUUCUCGGCAUAA